UUGAAACGCGGGGUUUAGAAAUGAUAAAUUGCUUGAGGUGGAACUGAAUUGGAGGCUAGAACUCAUUAUACAAUUAUUUGUCAUUUAUUCUCAUAUUCAUACUCAUUAUGGCGGCUCCUGUUAAUCUGAAAGAUCUCACUAUUGAUAACAUUACCGAGAAUGUUCACGCCAUCAACUCUCAGUGCAGUAAUCUGCGCCUGAAGUAUAUCCUUGAACGAGUUGUCACACAUUUGCAUGACUUGGCGAGAGAAACAAGACUCACUACAGACGAAUGGAUGACAGCUAUCCAAUUCCUGACACAAGUUGGUCAGAUCUGCACCGAUGUCCGACAGGAGUUUAUUUUACUAUCUGAUGUCCUGGGCCUUUCACUUUUGGUUGACUCAAUUGACCAUCCGAAACCGAAGGGCAGCACUGAAGGCACAGUUUUGGGACCUUUCCAUACACAUGAGGCCGAGCAUGUAAAAGAGGGAAGUCUGAUCUCCCAAGAUACAGAUGGCGAACCUCUUCUUGUUCUAUGUACCCUCAAGGAUGUCAAUGGUUCACCAAUUCCUGGAGCCGAGAUUGACGUCUGGGAGACUGAUUCUAAGGGGUUCUACGAUGUUCAGCACGCUGACCGGACUGGCCCGGAUGGAAGAGCUGUGCUGACGAGUGACGAUAAUGGAGACUUUUGGUUUAAGGCUAUUGUACCUGUGCCAUAUCCUAUUCCUCAUGACGGACCCGUCGGAAAGUUGCUUAAAGUACUGGGCCGACAUUGCUACCGACCCAGUCAUAUGCACUUCAUGUUCAAGAAAGACGGAUACGAUCCUCUGAUCACCGCACUCUACCUCAAGGACGAUCCUUACGAAACUACUGAUGCCGUGUUUGGUGUCAAGGACUCGUUGAUCGUUAACAUCAAGAAGGUUGAAGACGAAGAAAUGGCGAAGAAGUAUGGUGUCAAAAUCGGUUCCGCCUUGAUGACAUAUGACUUUGUUCUCGUCUCGGAUGAAGCGGCUGCGAAACUUAGGAGGCAGAAGGCUGAGGAGGCAAUGGCGAAAUUGGGACGGAAUUUCAGAUUCAUUGAUGAUCUACCUGUUCCGGAUGUCGAUUAGAGAAUUGUGUAGGCAUAGUAGACAGUUCACCUGAUAGUGGCCGCGAGAUGCGCUAUAGCUAGAGGAAUGAUGAUACAAUUACAUAAUGGACAGUUCAUUUUAAUUACAACAAAUAUACACAUCCGGUUUUAAUGCCUGCUCGACCUUUCUUUGACUCAGGGCACCAUUGACAUAGUAUCAACAUCCAAUGCUUCACCAUACAACCCAUCUAAAGACGGCAUCUCAAACCCCAAUCCGAGAGCAUCCUGAUCCGCCGCCAUGAAAUCUUGCAGCAAGUUCGGAUCAAUGAUCGAAGCCAAUAGCGCAUGAUCCUGUCCCGAAACAGCACUCGAAAACUGAUCUGUAAUACUGUUCAAGUCACCCUGUGUACCAUCGAAGAACGGUGGUUCAGUAUCACCAUCCGGCCUGCUCUGUUGCCGCUGUACGCACGCUCGCGCUACCUCUAGUCCUUCCUGAAUCAGACUCGCACUUCUUCGAGCAACAGUAGCCUCCUCCAUUGAUUGCAAAAUAUCAUGCGCUUUGACAGCAUCGGCGAGGAGGUCUUCUGAUGGAACAUCUGUAGGUCCAAGCAUAAUGAUAUACAGAACGAUCAUCCCGGCAUACAGAGUAUAUGUGGAGUUGUACCACCAAGUGCGGAAGUAGUGCCGAUUUGCAUAAGCGUCAUACAUGACGCAAAUAGUUUUACGUGCUGCAUCCAAACAUAACUCAGCAUGAGUGGACAUGUUAGCUUCUGCCGUGAGCAUAGGUUGUUCGAGAAAAGGGCGAUGGAGAACAAUUCUUGCGUUGAGGUAUCUGAGAUGAAGUACAAGCUUCUGUUUAGCUGCCCAUUCUUGUUCACGGAAUGAUACGGCUGUGAAGUCCAGAUAAGUAGGUAGCUUAGCUUUCCAGUCGUCAAGCAGGCGAUCGAGCUCCUUCGCAACAGCGGACUUCUGCAGCAAGGUCAGACCCUUCGAGUCAUAGUAUAGUUCCUUCGAGAUGCGCCGUAGGACAGCAGCGAAAUGGACCAUCUCAUUGAUCAUGGCCGCACUGCAAUUCUCCAGAUCAGGCUGGUUCGAUAUUGCGACAUCUUGCCCUCUGAUAUGAGGCAGAUCGAUCUGGUAAUUCCUAGGUUUGCCAAGACUAUCACGACGACCUGCACUGCAGCUCAUGUCAAUCUCGUGAGAGUAAAUACACCACCACGUUCUUCGUGCUGCUUUGCGGUCCUCAAUCGAGUUGGAUGGAGUUUCUCUUGCGAUACCGAUGGCUAGUGCUGUGCGGACGGCAUGGCCGCAGUACAUGUAGCAAGCGUGAGGUUUGAGGGAGUUCUGAC